UUUUGGAAAGCAAGGCGGCAUCGCUCUGCUCCAUCGUCCAUGUCCUCUUUCCCCGUUUUUCAUUUAACGAAGCUACUGGCUUGCUUUGCCACUCAAACCCUAAAUUGUCCAGCGUAGGUGAUCGCCUCCCGCUGCAAUCACCAUGCCUUUAUUCCUUUCGGAGGAAGAGUUUUGUCUCAUAUCUAACGACGCCUCAGCUGUGGCGGAAAGGGCGGACGUCUUCAUUUGCGAUCUCCGUCAGCAGCUCGACGUCGUCCGGGCAGAGGCUGAUGCGAAAUCGAUUGCCGAAGAGCAAAACUGCGCUCUCCUCGAGCAGAAAUAUGCUUCGCUGUACUCAGAGUUCUCGAGGCUGCAGUACGAGAACGCUCAGCUGUCUGCAUCCACCGAAAAGAGUCUAUCAGAGCUCGCGGAUGUGCAGGCUGAGAAACAUCAGCUUCAUAUUAAGGCGAUUGGUAAGGAUGCUGAAUUAGAGAAACUCUCUUUGGAGGCAGCAGAGCUCCGUAUAUCAAAGCGGCAGCUUCUGGAUUUGGUAGAGCAGAAGGAUGCGGAGAUUAGAGAGAGAAAUAGUACCAUUCAAAGCUACGUUGAUAAGAUUAUACAUAUGUCAGAGAAUAAUUCUUCAAGGGAAUCUAAACUAAAUGAGAUUGCGGCAGAACUGACACGUUGUCAAGCUACUUGUGCUAGGUUAACUCAGGAGAAAGAGCUACUGGAGAAACAGAAUGUGUGGCUCGAUGAAGAGCUCACCGGAAAAGCUAAUACACUUUUUGAGUUGCGUAGAACGCAAAUGGAUGCUGAAGCAGAGAAUUCUGAAAAAAUUGCUGAACUAGAGAGGCAGGUCAAGGAAUAUUCCACAUCACUGAACCAUAGUAAGGAAAUAAAAAAGGUGCUUGAGCUAAGAGUCAAAUCAUUGGAAGAGGACUUGCGUUCAUCUAAGGAUAUUGCUGCUACUAUUGAAGAGAAUUUUAAUGCUGAACUCACAACCGUUAAUAAGCUUGUCGAGUUAUACAAAGCAAGUUCGGAGGAAUGGUCCAAAAAGGCUGGUGAGCUCGAGGGUGUCAUCAAAGCUCUUGAGGCACAUUUAAGUCAAGUUGAAGGUGACUAUAAAGAGACAUUGGAGAGGGAAGCAUCUCUGAGGAAAGAUCUUGAGAAGGAGGUUACUGAUUUGAAAAUGAAGUUAGAGAAGUGUGAAACUGAACUUGAAAACACCAGGAAAGCUAAUGAAUCGAGCCUUCUUCCAUUGUCAAUGUUACCGGUUGGCUCACAUGUGGAAGAGCUUGAGGCUGGAAGUGAUGCCAGUCAGAUGCUCGUCCCUAGGAUAGCUGCAGGUGUUUCAGGAACCGCAUUGGCUGCUUCAUUGCUUCGUGAUGGAUGGAGUCUCACCAAAAUGUAUGAGAAAUAUCAAGAAGCUUAUGAUGCUUUGCGACAUGAGAAAUGGGGUCGAAAACAUGCUGAAGCAAUAUUGGAGCGGGUUCUACAUGAGAUACAGGGGAAGGCUGAAAUGAUUUUGGAAGAGCGAGCUGAGCAUGAGAGAAUGGUAGAGGCAUAUACUACAAUGAAUGAAAAAUUGCAGCUGGCGCUUGUGGAGCAUGAUAGUCAUGAAAACACUGUAAGGAAUUUGAAGGCUGAAUUGAGACGGCAUGGGCGAGAAUGUUCGAUUGCACAAAAAGAAAUAAAUGAUCUGCAAAAACAAGUAACUGUUCUACUUAAGGAAUGCCAAGAUAUUCAACUUCGCUGUGGAGGUAAUCCCCAGAUGCCUGUGGAAGGUACUUUGACUUCUGUUUCUACAGCUAGCGGUAGCUUAGUUAAUGCUGACAGAGUUAUUUCUGACCACCUUCUGACUUUCAAGGACAUAAAUGAACUAGUGGAACAAAAUGUUAAACUUCGAGGCCUUGUGCAUAGACUUUCUGCUGAUGAGGAGAAAAAGGAGACGGAAAUGAGGUACAAUUUUCAAAAUGAACUUCGAAGAGUAGCUGAUGACGCAUCAUCUAAGGUUGAGGUUGUCCUAAAAAGAUCUGAGGAACAAGCAAGUUUGAUAGAAUCUCUUCAUAGUGCAGUUGCAAUGUACAAAAGAUUAUAUGAGGAGGAACAUAAAUUCCGGACUUCUAGCCAUUCAUCUGCCACAGCUGUUUCAGAUGAUGGAAAGAAAGAGCUCAUGCUUUUAUUUGAAGGUUCACAGGAAGUCUCUAAGAAAGCCUAUGAACAACUCUCUAGUCGUAGCAGAAUUCUGGAAGAAGAUAUUGCAAGAUUGAGUACAGAGCUUAUUUCAGCACGAGCAGAGCGUGAUAAAAUGUCCCUAGAAGCUAAUUUUUCCAAGGAGAGGCUAGAUAGUUUCAUGAAGGAAUUUGAACAUCAGAGAUCGGAAAUCAAUGCUGUUUCUGUUAGAAAUAUGGAACUGACACACUUGCUCAUUGAUUAUCAAAAGCAACUUCGUGAAAGUUCAGCUUUUUUACAAGCCUCGGAAGAGAAUUUACGGAAGCUAUCCUUGGAGGUUUCAAUUUUAAAGCAUGAAAGAGAAAUAUUGGUCAGUUCCGAGAAAAGAGCUUCUGAAGAGGUUCAGACUUUGAUGGAAAGAGUUUUCUUGUUGCAGUCAAGUCUGGAUACUAUUCAAAGUGCUGAAGAAGUUCGUGAGGUUGCUAGAAUUACGGAGAGGAGAAAACACCAUGACUAUCUUGAAAGAGUUGAAAGGGAUUGGGCAGAGGCUAAGCGGGAACUUCAGGAGGAAAGGGACCGUGUUCGUGUUUUAACAUCCGAGAAGGAAAGAGCACUUGAGACUUAUAUGAGCCAAGUGGAAGAUAUAAGAAAAGAACUAGCAAAUGCUUGGCAUUCUGUUGCAACUGCUGAAUCUAGAGCAGCAGUGGCUGAGGCUCGAUGUUCUGAACUUGAGGCGAAAAUAAAAAUCGCAGGAAAAGGGGUCGUCACUGAGAUUGGCAUUCAUGAACAGUCAGUGCUUUCUACGAAUGAGAUAUCUGAUGAGUUGAGAAAAGCAAAGGAGGAGCUGGAGAAAGUUAAAGAUGAAGCUCGUGCUAGUAAAGAAUACAUGAUGCAGUACAAAGAAAUGGCACGGGUAAAUGAAAUUGCGUUAAAGCAAUUGGAAUUGGCACAUGAAUGCUACAAGUCAGAGAAGGUCAAAAUGAAGAAGCUGCUUGAGGAUGAAGCCCAAUCUCUGAAAAAUCAGGUUUCUGAGCUUGAAAAAAAUUAUAUUUUGAAAUGUGAAGAAGCUGCUUCUGCUACUGAAGCCAAAGAAAACGCUCUUUCUUCUGCACUUGUUGAAAACUCCAGAUUGCGGGAUGAAGUUGCUGAAAAAUUAACAAGGCUCAAUGAGUUGGAAAUUCAAGUUUCUUCGUUAAAAGUUGAUUUGGAUAAAGAACACAAGCGGUGGCGUAUUGCCCAAGACAACUAUGAAAGACAGGUAAUCCUUCAGUCUGAGGCCAUUCAGGAAUUAACAAAUACUUCGAGGGAGCUUUCUCUAAUUCAAACAGAAAUUUCAAGGUUACGCGAGCAAUUGGAUGCUCAAAGGGCUGAAAAUGAUCUUUUGAAGUUAUCAUGGGAAACGGAAAAGUCCAAACUAGAACAGAUGAAGAGUGAAGCAGAGAGGAAUAGCAAUGAAAUGAACGAACAGAAUAGAAUUUUGCACAACCGAUUGGAAGCAUUGCAUGUUAGGUUGGCCGAGAAGGAACAUAAUUCUGUUGGGCUUUCAUCGGUUAGUUCGCAAGAAGAUGGUGAUCUGCAGAAGGUCAUAAGUUAUCUGCGAAGGUCAAAAGAAAUAGCAGAAACUGAGAUAACCUUACUGAAGCAAGAAAAAAUAAGGCUACAAUCCAAAAUUGAUGGUGCAUUGAAGGCCUCUGAAUCCGCGCAAGCUUUGCUUUAUUCUCAGCUUGAGAAUGCAAGAGAACUUGUGUUGAAGAAUGAGGAAUUUAAGUCUCUUCAGCUUCAGGUGCGGGAAAUUAAUCUGCUCCGGGAAAGUAAUAUACAGCUGCGAGAGGAAAACAAGCACAACUUCGAAGAAUGUCAGAAAUUCCGUGAAAAGGCUCAGGAAGCUAAAGCAGAAGUUGAUAACUUAGAAAAACUUUUAAAGCUGAAGCAAAUUGAAGUUGAUGAUUUUCAAAAAGGUGCCGAGUUGCUGAAGAUUGAGAUCAGCAAUCUGAACAAUAGAAAUGUUGAGGUACUUGAAGGUUACAAGAAUAUCGACAUUAGUGAAUAUGAACAUAUGAAAGAUGAGCAUGAACAGAUUAAGAAUGCUUUUGCUAAGAAGCAGGAAUCAAUAAUGAAGCUGGAGCAAGAACUUACUAGUUGUAAGGAGGAAUUAUCUGAAAGGGAGAAAAAGCUUGAUGAUGCACAAAAUGAAAAGGCAAACUUAAAACAGGAAUUUGAUAAACAGAAAAGGCAUUUACUUGGUUGGAAGAGCAAAAAUCAAUCAAUUGCUAAGGAGAAGGAGGAAUUGAACUCCAAGUACCAACAAUUGUCAGAGGAGAUUGAGGAUCUGAAAAUCAUGAACCAAGCAAUAAGAAAGGACAACGAUGAACUAAACUCUAGAAACCAAGUAUUGACAAAGGAGAAGGAGGAUGUCAGCACUAAAACCCAAGCCUCAGCAAAAGAGAAGGAAGAAUUCAUGUCUAAAAUUCAAGCAUUAUUGAAGGAGAAAGAAGAACUUAACUCCAAAAAUCAAGCAAUUCUGAAGCAAAUUGAAGAUUUAAAAUCAGGCAGAAAACUUUUUGGUGAGAGUGAGCAAGUCAAGAAAGAACAAGACACCAGGUUACAGACGUUGGAGAAAACUUUGGAGCGAGUGAGGGAUGAUUUUCGGAAUGAGAAACAAACAAGGAAAAAGAGUGAGACUGCAAUGGUUGAAAUUUCCAACAAAAUUAACAUGGACAAACAAAAACUUGAAGAUGAACUACAGAAGCACAAGAGUGCCAUUUCUGCUGUUUUGGAGAAAACUGGAUUAUUAGCUUCCCAGCUUCCUUCAGGGAGUUCUUUGGAUGCGCAGACAAUGGCAUACUUUCAGUCUGUUAGUUCUUUUGAAGCAGCGAAGAACUCUUUCCUAAAUGAUGCUGAGGGACCCCUUUCUUCUCCUGCAGUUGCUUCAACUUCAGAUAAUUCUGCUGCUCCUACAGGUCAGAAGAUUCCAACUCAGCAGUCUAGACUGCCAAGACCUAACUCCAAAUUUGCUGAAGAAAGAGAAAAGGCAUCAAGUGUAGGCAAAACAAUUGUUGAAACACGCAAGCCAGGCAGAAGAUUUGUGCGUCCAAGCCUUGAAAAGCCAGAAGAGCCUAUAAUUGAUGCUGAAGUCACUGGAAUGGAAAUUUCUAGUACUUCCGAGGGGAAGCUUAAUUCAUCUAUUGAAAGUGAAGCAGUUGGAGACUUGUCUAUAGUUCAGCCAACAGUGGCUCGUAAACGUCUUGCUUCUGAGCCAGAGAUACUGGAAGGAUCUGCGGCACAAAAUGAAAUCAAUAUUGCUGCUCCACCUCCAUAUAAGAGGAUGAAAGAACCUGAGCUCUCUGUGAUCUCUGAAGCUUCUGAUAUUCCCCAAUCAUCGGAAAAUCCUGACACAACACCACUGCAGGGAAUAACCCAAUUUGAAGUUCCUGAAAUGCAAAUAUCACAAACGAAGCAUGAGUUAGAACAUGAUAAACUGCCUUCAGUCUCAAAUGAGGGUUCUCUCAGCACAGGGAAGGAAGCUGAGGAUAACGUUCCUGUCAUUGAAGAAUCAGAAGAGCAGCAAAGGGAAUACCUUGAUUUUGCAAAUCCAGAAGAGGUUCAAUAUGAUGGUGAUAUAAUCAUUGAGGAGUUGUCAGACAGGCCAAGUACUCCCAUUGAGAUCUUUGAGCAAGGCUCCAAGGAUGCAGGAACAAAGGACAUUUUGUAUUCUGCAACUGAAGGUGAAGGCGACAAGGAAGAAGGUGAGUUGAUGCCAGAUGACCCUGAGCAGCAACCUGAGGACCCUGUUUCUGAUGAAGGGCAGCAUGGUCUCAGCAUUGGAGAAGGAGUUGGAAGUGGUGAUGAAGCCGAGGAUGCUAUUGAGAUUGUGUCUCCCAAUGACGAGCAAGGCGCUCAUGAUUCUGUUGAGGCAAGUAUGUUGAAUGAUGUUGAAGAUGUUGCAGACGAUUCUGAGAAGCGUGAUAGUAGUAUUGAUCAAACCACUCUUGGUUCCGAACGAAGUCCUGAAAUAUCAACAGGAGUUCGUGAUGAAUCUCCAAUCUCUUUACAACAAAAUUUGGCAUCUAGGCAGUUGACCCCCAAUACUCCUGCAGAGACAGGCGAAUCCCAGCCAGCAAGAACUUCAAGAACCAUAUCAAUUUCUGAAACCGCUAGGAUGAAUGCUCAGCAUAGACAAGCAAGAUUAGGUGCAAUUCAGCAGCAGCCGCAGCAACAACAGGAACAACAACAGCAAAAAUCACCAUCCAGAGGACGAAUACCACCUUAUAGGAGAGGUGGAAGCCGAGGUCGCAGAGGGCGUGGAUUGUAACUUGCGGCUUUAUUGUAGCUGCUCAAAGAAUCACAAUGAGCUUAGCCAUGAUAGGUACUUUGCAACUUUGAAGCUAUUGGAGCCAUUAUCUUUGCAGAUAGUAAAGUCCACAAGGUAUUCUCUAGAUGACGAGGGGGAAUCAUGCCCACGAUUGGGCUGGUGUACUUUAUAAAUCUUUUUGGCUUGCGCGUACUUUUUAGAAAUUGUUUUAAGAUUAGAAGUAAUUUCUAUGUUUAAUGCAAGUGUAUGCCAGUCAGUUGUUGAUACUUCCCUGGCAAGUAUUUACUAUCAACGCGCUUUUCAAUCCAAAUGAUUCCAGCGAUGUUGGAGUGUGUUGACAGAA